AUGACUCCAGUGACUUCCAGGAUUGAAUAUAGUGCUCUUAAGAGAGCCAAAAUUCAUAUGAAGUACGAAAUGAGAAUUUCCCAGUGGCAUAUCGCAUUUGAGGAGGGAGUGUCACUAGGCUCUGUUUCUGUCAUCAUUCGAUGCUACCCUAACCAACAAAAUACCUCCAGUUUCGUUAGAAAAUAUCCUUUCAUUAAGACACAAGAUCAUAUUGUUGCCGUUGGUUUAAAUGUCUCUGAACAUACUAUUUUACAAUGGCUCAAGCAUGAAGGCAUCCAUCAUCAAUGCGCCCUCCGACAGCCAUUACUAACUCCACAGAUAGCGGAAAAACGCCUCAAAUUUGGGAGAAUGUAUAAAGAUGAGCCAGAAAGCUUUUGGAAGCGUUGGAUUUUAAGUGAUGAGUCUACAAUUGCUCAUGGUGAUAAUGAAAAGCAGGAGUGGGGGUUUUGCCCCAAAUCAUUAAAUAAGUUAUGUGAAGCAGCUGUGGAAGUCUGGGAGGAUUUCCAUCAGGACCUCAUAAAUAAGCUAGUCUUAUCAAAGCCCCGAAGACUUCAAGCUGUAGUAGAUGCAAACGGCUGGUAUACAAGAUAUUAA